UUCGCGCUUUACUAUCUUGUAUAGUUUUAUUUGAUGGCGCUGUUCACAUUUAUAAAUUUUUCCUCUUUAAUAUUUUGCUUUUGUGAUGUUUUAUUGAAUAUUUUAUAUUUUUACGAAUAAUAAAAAAUUUCAAUUUUUAUUUAAUAAAAUUUAUUAACGUUAAAGCAUAAUGUUUUCAAUUUUAAUUAAUUUUUCUGGAUGUUUCUAAAUGGAGUGUCGUUGGAUAUUCAUCGUAGCUCCACCAAUAAGAUGUUAGUGGUAUGUAGGUGCGAUAGGAGAUACUAUAUAGGUGUUUGAAGAGUUGAUUUCGUCAUAAUACUUAACUUUCCGUUGACUGGCUCGGAAGAAUCCUGCUGUUAUUUCGUUUUACGAAUCUCAUUAGAAAUUCAAAAUGUCUACCUACAAAUUGACUUACUUCCCAGUUAAAGGAUUAGGUGAACCAAUUCGUUUUCUCUUAAGUUAUGCUGGAAUUUCAUUUGAAGAUGAGCGUUUUGAUAGAGAUGAUUGGCCAAAGAUAAAACCUACUACCCCUUUUGGCCAAGUUCCUGUACUUGAUGUUGAUGGGAAGAAAGUAGCUCAGUCAGUAGCUAUUUCCCGUUAUUUGGCAAAAAAAUCUGGUUUAGCUGGAAAGGAUGAUUGGGAAGCUCUAGAAAUUGAUAGUAUUGUUGAUACUAUUCAUGAUGUUCGUGCAAGACUUGCUGCCUUCCACUAUGAAGAAAAUGAAGAAAUUAAAGCUGCGAAACGCAAAAUUGCUGAUGAAGUAGUACCUUAUUAUCUGGAACGUUUAGAUGCUCAAGUGAAGAAUAAUGGUGGUUACUUUGUUGGUGGUGCUCUUUCUUGGGCUGAUUUAUCAUUUGUUGCUUUGCUCGACUAUUUAAAUUUCAUGAAUGGAUCCGAUCUCAUUGAGAAAUAUGACAAUCUGAAGCAGUUGAAAGAAAAAGUUGUCAAUUUACCUGCUAUUAAAAGUUGGCUUGAUAAGCGUCCACAUACUGAUUUCUGGGGGAAUAAGAUACACUCGAUUAGUGUAGCUAUAGGUAAGUCUAGAUAUAUAAAACUCGUCGUUAGUAAUAUAAAUGCAGUAAUCUGUGAAAGACCGUCACGUUGGUUACAUUACAAUCUAACGCAUAUCUUCAAAAUGUCCAAUUAUAAAUUGGUUUAUUUCAACAUUCUUGGUCUUGCUGAACCAAUCAGAUUCCUUCUUCAUCAAAGUGGAAUUAAAUUUGAAGAUAAAAGGAUUGAUACCGAAGAAUGGCCUAAGAUUAAAUCUGGAAUGCCACUUGGACAAGUACCUAUUUUGGAAAUCGAUGGUAAAGUUUACUAUCAAUCGAAGGCUAUUUCUCGUUUGAUCGCUAAGAGAAAUAAUCUUUAUGGUUCCAAUGAUGAAGAAGCUUUCCUUGUUGAUGCUACUGUUGAUACUAUAGACGAUUUAAAACAACCAAUUAUUCAGCAUUAUUGGGAAAAGGAUCCUGCAUUCAAGGCAAAAUUGAAAACCAAUGUUGAUACUAAAGUUCCCUUGCUUCUUAACAAAUUGGAAGAACAAGUAAAGAAGAAUAAAGGAUACUUUGUUAAUGGAAAGUUGACAUGGGCAGAUCUUUUCUACGCAGCAAUAGAGGAAUAUUUGACCGACUUGCUUGGAUACGAUUUGAAUAAAGAUCAUCCUGAAUUGAAAAAGUUGUCUGAGAAAGUAAGAUCAUUACCCAACAUCAAAACAUAUUUGAAGAAUCGACCCAAACCUAUGGUCAUACCUUAAACGUUAUGAUUUUUUGCAUGUAUUAUUGCUAUAUGAAAAAAUUAUGAUUAAAUUAUGGUAUUCCUAUGG